GUGGCAGCGGCACCCGGCGAACAUCACAGCCGGCCGCGGCGUGGAGGAGAGACAGACCUUGUGUUUGGUAUUUACCAGUCUGCUUUUGUUUCAAACUGCAGAUUUAUUUGUUAUACAAUUUACAGCCGAUUUUUAUCCGUUCGUUACACGCCUGAUGAUGCAUUUGCACAGCGGUUGAUGAACAGAUUCCACGGUGUGUCCUUGUAUUUUGAGAGACAGCAGCAGCUUGGAGUGGCACCCAGGCCACGUCAGUGCUGUUAACCAGUUUGGUGACACGGGCAGUGUGUUUUUGUAGGCUGAAUAAUUAUGGGUUCGCUCGGGAGCCGCUUCCAGUCGUCCCCCCGGGGCCCAGAGGAGGCUGUGGAGAGGCAGUGUGCUGGAAACACACACAGCUGUGAGUGCAGGAAGAGGAAACACAGCUCACACUCUGAGUGUGACAGCGAGCCCGAGGAAGAGGACAGUCAGCUGGACACGCCACGCAGGAAGAAGUUUAAAAGCACCUCAAAGUACAUCUACCAGACACUGUUUCUGAAUGGAGAAAAGAGUGACAUCCAGAUCCGCGCCCUGGGGCAGGAGUGGAACCUGCAUAAAAUAUACCUGAGUCAGUCCGGCUAUUUCUCCAGCACGUUCAGUGGAUCCUGGAAGGAGUCGAACAUGAUGGUUAUUGAGCUUGAGAUUCCAGACCCAAAAAUUGACACGGAGGCCCUGCAGGUGGUUUUCGGCUCACUCUACAGGGAUGACGUGUUGAUCAAACCCAGUCGAGUUGUUCAUGUUCUCGCUGCUGCUUUUAUGCUUCAGUUGGAUGGACUGAUCCAGCAGUGUGGGGAGACCAUGAAGGAGAACGUGAAUGUGAAGACUGUGUGCAGCUAUUAUAACGCGGCCACCAUGUACGGCUUGGACUCCGUCAUGAAGAAGUGUUUAGAGUGGCUCCUCAGUAACCUGAUGACACAUCAGAACGUGGACCUAAUGAAGGAGCUCGGGGCGGAGAUUAUGGAAAAGCUCAUUCAGUCCUCUGAUCUGUUCGUAAUGCAAGUGGAAAUGGACGUCUACACGGCACUGAAAAAGUGGAUGUUCUUGAAGCUUAAUCCAUCCUGGGACGGGCCGAUCAAACAACUUCUGCUCGAUGCAGACGCCUGGCUGUGUAAGAGAAGAAGAGAGGCUGGAGAAGAGGAGCCGUUUCUCAACACAGAUGACGGGAUGCCCUACGUCCCUGUUUUCAGACACAUCCGCCUGCAGUACAUCAUCAAUGACCUGGCCUCCGCCCGCAUGCUGGAACGGGACAACAUCCUUCCUCCUGAGUGGCUGAGCGCCGUGUACAAACAGCAGUGGUUUGCUAUGCUGAGAACAGAACAUGAUAAUGAUAACGGACCAGAAGAAGCCAAUAAAGAGGAGUCUGAGCUGAACAGCAUGCGCUGUGGCCGUAAACUGACUAAAGACGGCGAUUACUGUUGGCGAUGGACAGGGUUCAACUAUGGCUUUGACCUACUGGUGACCUAUACGAAUCGGUUCAUCAUCUUUAAGAGAAACACCCUCAGUCAGCCAUGUGGAGGCGCUGUCAGCUUACAGCCACGACGCCACCUAGCGUACCGAUUGCGUCUUGCUUCAUUUGAUAACAGUGGAAGAGUGGUUUUCAGCCGGUCAACUGGUUACCAGCUUGUUACUCUUGAAAAGGACCAGGAAUACGUGGUGAUGAAUCUGGACAGCCGGCUCUUGUCUUUUCCUCUGUAUGUGUGCUGUAACUUCCUCUACACUUCUCCGUCCAGUGAGAGGAGAGGUGACACACUGGAGACGGAGAACAGUGUUUCGUGAGCCCACACACCGUAAAACCUCCAUCAGCCACCAUUCCAGCUGCCUUCUCAAGUUCCAGUUUGUUGGCUUCAUGUAUAUCAUUUCAUUCAUUUUACUUGUAUGCUUAAUUUGUAAAUAGUCAGGUGCCUUUUAAAUAAUUAGUUAUAUCAGCAUCAGAGCUAAGAGUAAUCGCUCUUGGUCAUGGAUUUCAUUUGAUUCUGUUUGUAGUUGUCUUCUAUUUAAACUUGUUUGGCUGGUUAUUCAUUUUAUCAGCCAUUACUUUUUUUUUUUUUUUUUACAAAAGAGAAAGACUGAAUAUCAGUUUUGUACUGUGAUUAUUGAAAUUGGUGCUAAUUUCAUACGUCAUUCGUCAAUGCAUGCUGAUGUAGGAACAGUGAAGGGUUAACAGGCAUGUGUUGGCUUAUCAGAAGGGCAUUUUAAGUGCUUUUCACAGGUGUCAAAUGAAGUAAUACGUUUUCAAUAUUUAUACACAAUGUGGUUUUGGUUAAAUGUGAAUAUUAUUGGACCACAAGUGUCAUAUGAUAGAAAUAUUCAUUAAAACAGCACCGACAGAAGAAA